CGGUUGCUCCGGAAGUGGAGGGAGGGGGUGAAAAUGGCGCCCAGCUCGAAAUCGGAGCGGAACAGCGGGGCCGGGAGCGGCGGCGGCGGCCCCGGGGGAGCCGGAGGAAAGCGGGCAGCGGGGCGGCGGCGGGAGCACGUCCUCAAGCAGUUGGAGCGGGUGAAGAUCAGCGGGCAGCUCUCCCCUCGCCUUUUCCGGAAGCUGCCACCCAGGGUCUGUGUGUCCCUCAAGAACAUUGUGGAUGAGGAUUUUCUCUACGCAGGACACAUUUUCUUGGGCUUUUCCAAGUGUGGCCGCUAUGUCCUCUCGUACACCAGCAGCAGCGGGGACGACGACUUCUCCUUCUACAUCUACCACCUGUACUGGUGGGAGUUCAACGUCCACAGCAAGCUCAAGCUGGUCCGGCAGGUGCGACUCUUCCAGGAUGAGGAGAUCUACAGCGACUUGUACCUAACUGUGUGCGAGUGGCCCAGCGACGCUUCCAAGGUCAUCGUCUUUGGCUUCAACACGCGCUCUGCCAACGGCAUGCUCAUGAACAUGAUGAUGAUGAGCGACGAGAACCACCGAGACAUCUACAUCAGCACCGUGGCUGUGCCGCCGCGGGGCCGCUGCGCUGCCUGUCAGGACGCCAGCCGCGCCCACCCAGGUGACCCGAGCGCGCAGUGCCUGCGGCAUGGCUUCAUGCUACACACCAAGUACCAGGUGGUCUACCCCUUCCCCACCUUCCAGCCCGCCUUUCAGCUCAAGAAGGACCAGGUGGUGCUGCUCAACACCAGCUACUCCCUGGUGGCCUGUGCCGUCUCCGUCCACUCUGCAGGCGACAGCAGCUUCUGCCAGAUCCUGUAUGAUCACACCGCCUCCCCCUUGGCCCCGGCCACCCACCCUGGGCCCCGGAGCCCAGAGGUGUCCCCCGCCCUCCCCAGCCUCAGCCCUGAGAUGGCCCCGACCCGGCCCUCCGGGGCCCCUGAGCCCUCGCCUGCCAUCGCCAAAGCCAAGGAGUUUGUGGCUGACAUCUUCCGCAGGGCCAAAGAGGCCAAGGGGGGGACCUCUGAGGAAACUCGGCMGCCCCCCUGCCCAGGGCCCUCAGCCAGCCGCUGCCGCCCAGCCUCCGAUCCCCCAGUCCCAAGUGGGGAGGCAGUGCCUAGGGACAGCCCCCCAGCCGCGGAGGCCCCCGCCCCCGAGCCCGGCUACGUCAACUACACCAAGCUGUACUACGUGCUGGAGUCCGGAGAAGGUACCGAGCCCGAGGACGAGUUUGAGGAUGACAAGAUCUCCUUGCCCUUCGUGGUGACCGAUCUCCGGGGCCGCAACCUACGGCCUAUGCGGGAGCGGACCGCUGUCCAGGGCCAGUAUCUGACAGUGGAGCAGCUCACAUUGGACUUCGAGUACGUCAUCAACGAGGUCAUUCGCCAUGAUGCCACUUGGGGCCACCAGUUCUGCUCUUUCAGUGACUAUGACAUAGUCAUUCUGGAGGUCUGCCCCGAAACCAGCCAGGUCCUCAUCAACAUCGGCCUGCUGCUCCUGGCCUUCCCCUCCCCCAGUGAGGAGGGCCAGCUCCGACCAAAGACUUAUCACACCAGCCUCAAGGUGGCAUGGGACCUCAAUACGGGCAUCUUUGAGACCGUCAGUGUGGGUGACCUCACUGAGGUCAAAGGGCAGACCAGCGGCAGUGUCUGGAGCUCCUACCGCAAGAGCUGCGUGGACAUGGUCAUGAAGUGGCUGGUACCUGAGAGCAGUGGCCGCUAUGUCAACAGGAUGACCAAUGAGGCUCUGCACAAAGGUUGCUCCCUGAAGGUUCUGGCCGACAGCGAGCGGUACACGUGGAUUGUGCUGUGAGGUCCGGCCGCCCUGGACACUGACUCCAACUACCUCCGCGGCCUGGGAGCUGGCCGCCUUCCCGGGCUGGCCUCUUCCCGGCCGGCCGCCGACCGGCACUAGUGUUAGGCUGCGGGAAGGGGGCUGGGCGGGGCAGCCCCUGGUGGCCUGAGAGUCUGGACGCUUUUUUAUUUAUGCCUAUUUAAGUUGGGAAAGGGCAGAGGGAAGGAGCCCCCUGCCCCCCAGCCUCAAGACCCACCUUCACCCCGAGCUGGGCCCGGGCCGGCUCCUGUGCAUCUGCCCCUUUCCUUGGCUGCAGGUUUGCACGAGACCCUGGGGGAGGUGGGGUGGACCUACCCACCCAAGGCUCCCUCCUGAGGCGGGAACCUGCUAGCCGCCCCCACCUGUUCCUCUUCAUGUAGUAAAUGCUUUAUUUCUGAAC